GGAUCUGUAAAUACAACAACACGAGGAGAAUGAUGAACAUGGACGAAAAUGAAUCAGAUUCGGACAUCGAGGAGAUACAGGAAGCUCUUGCGGCAGGUAAAAUUCAACCAGGACUUAUUGUGCAAGAGCAAAAGAAACAUUUCAUCAAUAACAAGGAGGGGCUAAAGGACAAAAUUAAAGAAUUUUCAUUGGACAGUUUGAAAUGGAUUGAAAGAUUGGUCCUGUCUAGCAAACAAAAUGAUGCCUCAGUUGACAAUGGGGAAACAGAUGGUGAUCAGCUGCAAAAUGAUGAUUUUAAUAGGGAACUUAAAUUCUACAGACAAGCACAAGCAACUGUUUUAGAGGGUCUUGCACGACUUGCCAAAUUAUCUGUUCCAACCAAAAGGCCAGAAGACUAUUUUGCUGAGAUGGCAAAAUCUGAUGAACACAUGAAAAAAGUUCGUUCCAAGUUGUUAGAAAAGAAAAUCUCUAUGGAAAAAUCUGAAAAGGCAAAGAAGUUGAGAGAAAUGAAAAAAUAUGGUAAAAAGGUGCAAGUGGAAGUAUUACAGAAAAGACAAAAAGAAAAGAGAGAAAUGCUUGAAUCUGUUAAGAAAUUUAGGAAAGGACAAGUUGAUAAGCUUGAUAUUUUUGAUGAAACAAUUGAGAGGCAACCUAAGCAACAAAACCAAGGAAAACAAAUUCAAGGGAAGCAACAGUUCAAGCCUAACAAAAAGCGAGAGUAUAAAAACAAAAAGUUUGGCUUUGGUGGGCAAAAAAAGAGGUCAAAGUACAAUACAGCAGAGAGUUCAGCUGAUCUUAGAGACUUUUCAAGAGGUCCAGGAAAAAGAAACUUUAAGAGCAAGCCACAAGGAAAAAACAGUAAAAGACCAGGAAAAAACAAACGAAAAACAAUUAAGAAUAAAAAGAAGUAACCAUUUAACAUUGCAUAGUUUUUGUUGUUUCUUUAAUGCGAUUAUGACA